AUGUCCUUCGCCGGUGUAUCUGUCAGCGCCAAUGGCAAACUCCUGGGCUCUCCCACCUCCCCUACCACCGCCAGCGACAGCACUAUAGGAUACCACUUGCUCGUCGUGGAAGGCUACUCCCGCAUCAACAGAUCCAUCGCCAUCAAUUCUCGCUAUUUCACAGUGGCGGGCCGCCACUGGAGUAUCUUGUACCACCCCAAUGGCCGCAAAAACCAUGACAUGGAUGGCCCGGGAUCACUUUGUCUUUACCUCGCCGAGGAAGGUGGAAAGCCUGUGAAGGCGCAAUUCGAGUUCAGUUUCAUUGAUGGGAGUGACCAGCCGGCGACGACAUGCAACCAUGCGCAUGCUCAGGAAUUAUUUGAGUUCCAAGACUGGAACCACAUCCCGCACGAAAAGCUCAUCAAAAGAGAGGCCUUGGAGAAACACCUCAAGGGCGAUAGUUUCACAGUUCGGUGUGAUGUCAUUGUUGUGGCGGGGGAUGUGAUCCCCACCACCACUUCUCCCUUCAUCACGGUGCCGCCCUCCGACAUGCAACAGAAUUUCACCGACCUUCUCGUGGCUGGAGAGGGUACAGAUGUGGUCUUCCAGGUCGGUAACGAGGCUUUGGCCGCCCACCAGUGCAUCCUUGCGGCCCGCUCUACCGUCUUCAGGGCGGCCCUCUUCGGCCCCAUGAAGAAAGGCACAUCUCCGACGGUGGUUCAGGUAGAUGACAUGAAUGGGACGGUGUUUAAGGCGAUGCUAGGUUUCAUCUAUGGUGACACGCUACCUUUCCCUGCGGCAGACGAAAACGAAGGCGUCCUGCUGCAGCACCUACUCGUGGCGGCGGACAGGUACGACCUCCGGAGGCUGAGAUUGAUGUGCGAGAAGAAGCUGUGCGAGCACAUCCGUGUGGGCACAGCGACGACCAUUCUGGCCCUUGCGGACCUGCACCACUGUGACGGGCUGAAGAAGGCGUGCUAUGAGUUUCUCCGAUAUCCGGCGAACCUGAGGGCGGUUGUGGAGACGGAAGGUUUUGAACAUCUCUGCAGCAGCUGCCCCACUCUUAUGAAGGACAUGCUCCUUGGCGUGCUGCCGCCUAAUUAG